ACAAGGAAUUUGAAGCAUUAUUAGAAUAUGAUAGUACAGAAGAUUUUUCUGAUACAGAUAAUAUAUCUGGUGAUAUUGAGAAUACGACGAAAAAGAAUAUAAGUCUUUUUGUUGAAAAAAUUUUUCAAAGUUGGGAUUAUAUUUCAAAUUUCAUGAAAAAAUACGCUGCUACUAAAGGCCAUUUGGAAGUUACGACUUUACAUAAUCAGCAUACUGGUCAUGAACUUCACCCAUUAGCAGUUCGAUUUGUUCCAACAUUGCGCAAACUACCAGAGGAAGUCAUUGAAGAAAUUCGUUUUUUAACCGUCGUUGCCAAAGCAAAUGCAACCAUUCAAUAUAGAGUUAUUAGAGAAAAGUUCAAUAUUAGAAUUAUCUGA